AUGGCUGGGAGCGUGGCCCCCAAGCGUCUCUUCCAAGAAUACAAGUCUCUCUUGACCAAUCCACCCGACGGCAUAACCGCAGGUCCAGUGAGCGAGGAUGACCUCUUCCUCUGGGAAGCUCUGAUCCAAGGCCCUGAAGGCACUCCCUUCGAGGGCGGCAUUUUUCCUGCAGAGCUCAAGUUCCCCAAGGAUUAUCCUCUAAACCCGCCCAAGAUGAAGUUCCUCGGCGAAAUCUGGCAUCCCAACGUCUACACCAACGGCGAAGUCUGCAUUUCCAUCCUACAUCCUCCCGGCGAUGACCCAAACCACUACGAGAGUGCCUCUGAGAGAUGGUCACCUAUUCAAAGCGUGGAGAAGAUCUUGAUAUCUGUCAUGUCAAUGUUGGCCGAGCCGAACGAUGAAAGUCCAGCGAAUGUGGAGGCGGCAAAAAUGUGGAGAGAACGACGAGCGGAUUUCGACAAGAGAGUGAGGGAAGGAGUGCGACGGUCAUUGGGGUUAUGA